CCAGCUCUGAAUCCCAAGGCUGUGCACGUUGAGGAGACUUACUUGCAGUACUAGACUCGCCCCUAUUGCGCAGGCAGAUUACUGAAUUCUGAGCCGGCAAUAAACACAUCGAGCACUGACUCAAAGCAGUGAUAAAGCAGUGAUGUCGAGCUCGCGGAGUUUAUCUACCAAGCAGUGGACUUUUAAUAAGAAAUACCCAUCAAGCCAAAGAGACGCCCGAGUCUGAUUACGCGGUCGCUCAGAAGCGAAAGUUUGCUAGAUAGUACCGAGAGCGUGCAAGGUCGUUUCAUUGCAUAAAAACAUUUGUGUUGUUUAGAAAAAGUAGCGAGCGAGAGCCUGUACAACAAGAGAGCGAGCAUGGCGACAGCCGUAGCAGUCAUUAAGCCUGUGCUACAGAGGCAUGUGGCAAGCAGUAACCUGAGGGGUCAUCGCGGCCUCACGCCCACUGUGAUCAGCAAAUUUACGAAUAUCACUAGCGCGAACGGUUCUAGAAGGAACGAGACAUUCAAGCCGUCUGCAACCUCCCCAACUCUGGUCAGAGAGGCGGUGCUGGCGCCUCCGGCCAGUCUGGGGGGCCUGACAGAGCAGUUUGAGGCGUCGGGGGGCCCUAAGGAGCGCGCGCAGCUGCUGCUGCAACUUGCCAAGGCUCUGCCGCCCUUCCCAGCAGAUGCGCGUACCAUGGGCAACCGCGUCAUGGGCUGCACGGCACAGGUGUGGGUGCAUGCUGAGCUGGACGCGGCCGGCAGGCUCCAAUUCGCGGCGGAUAGCGAUAGCGAAAUCACUCGGGGCCUCGCCGCUGUCCUCGUCAGCAGCCUGUCUGGGCUGACCCCCUCCCAAGUGCUGGAGGUACAUAUCACUGAGGCGCUGUCGGCUCUGCAGCUGGGUCAGGCAGUGCUGACCCCUUCGCGCGCCAAUGGAUUCAUGAACAUGCUGGAGGCGAUGAGGAAACGCGCGCGCGCACUGUCGGGGGCGUUCCUGCCGACCUUCCCCUCGCUGCGAGUCACCGCCAAUGACGUGACCCCCCAGGGGGCGUUUGCGAUUGCGCAGGCGCAGUUCCUCGAGCCCGAUCCGGCGCAGGUCGAGGCGCUCGUCAAGGUGCUGAGCGAGAAGCGCAUCGGCCUGGUGGCGCACUUUUACAUGGACCCUCAGGUGCAGGGCGUUCUCUCCGCCGCUGCCGAGCGCUGGCCACACAUCCACAUCAGCGACUCUUUAGUCAUGGCUGACUCAGCCGUGCGUAUGGCGGAGGCCGGCUGCACCUCAGUCGCGGUCCUGGGCGUCGACUUCAUGUCGGAGAACGUGCGCGCCAUCCUUGACGAGGCCGGGCACGCUGACGUGGCGGUGUACCGCAUGGCGGCGGCUGACAUCGGCUGCUCGCUGGCGGAGGCGGCGGAGGCGCCGGCGUACGAUGAGUACCUGGCCGCCGCGGCAGGGAACGCCUCCCCAGCCCUGCACGUGGUUUACAUCAACACCAGCCUGCGCACCAAGGCGCUGGCGCACGCCCAAGUGCCCACCAUCACCUGCACAUCCUCCAACGUCGUCCAGACCGUGCUGCAGGCGUUUGCGCAAGUGCCGGGCAUCAACGUGUACUACGGCCCGGACACUUACAUGGGCGCCAACCUGGCAGUCAUGCUGCGCGCGGUUGCACAGAUGAGCGACGAGGAAAUCCGCGCGCUGCACCCGGACCAUAACAGGGAGAGUGUGCGGUCGCUGCUGCCGCGGCUGCACUACUUUGACGCGGGCACUUGCAUCGUGCAUCACCUGUUUGGCGCUGAGGUGUCUCAGCUCGUCAGCCAGGCCUAUGGCGACGCUUAUCUCACGGCUCACUUUGAGGUGCCCGGGGAGAUGUUUGCGUUGGCGAUGGAGGCCAAGAAGCGUGGCAUGGGGGUGGUGGGAUCCACGCAGAACAUUCUCGACUUCAUUUCAGAAAAGCUGAGCGAGGCCGUGGAACGCCCCUUCCCGGACACCCUUCAGGUGGUCCUGGGCACGGAGUCGGGCAUGGUCACGGCGAUUGUGCGCAAGGUGCAGGCUCUGCUGCGCGCGGCCGGCCGCUCCGACGUCGCCGUCGAGAUUGUCUUCCCGGUCGCCUCCGAGGCCAUCACCACCCCCGUCAACCAGGGUUCUGCCAAUGUCGCAUCUGCAAGGGCGAGCCCUGUGCUGCCUGGCGGGCUGCCCGUGGUGCCAGGCCCGGCCGGCGGCGAAGGGUGCAGCGCUGAGGGCGGCUGCGCAUCCUGCCCGUACAUGAAGAUGAACAGCCUCGAUGCACUCCUCGGCGUCUGCGCCAAGAUCGGGACCCCCGGCGAGGCUCUGCUCGCCGGCUACGCGCCACGGCCGUACGCUGAAAAAUUGCGUGACGGCCGCUCAAUCGCUGCGGCGGGCUGCGAGCCAAUUCUGCACAUGCGCGGAUUCCAGGCGGCCAAGCGGCUUCCUGACGCGCUCGUCGCUGACAUCAUGGGACGCAAGCAGCUUGCUGUGUGAUCUGGCAAACGGCACAUGCAAAGCUGUGGAGUCCGCUCCACGAACUGCAGAUCUCCAGAAUGUAGUCGAGGCAGCUUUGCCAUGUAUAUGCAGAAUGACGUGUCAUUGGGAAGACGUCUGUUGCUUUCUUACAGCAGUUUGUUAUUACUUGCAAUAGUGAAAAUAUAAUGAGCAACUGGGGUUUGCUGAAACUGAGUGUAAUUACAUCCUUACUC